AUGGCUGCUCGGCUAUCGGUCCGAACUUUGACACAUGCUGGGCGAGCAGCGUCCGCAGUCCCCCGCGUUGCUUGCCUCUCGUCCCCCACUCGUUCAGCGCUUACUUUUCCUCUGAGGACCACACAAUACACUCGUCUUCAGUCCAUCUCGAGCCCCAAAACUUUUACUACGUCGUCCAGAAUGGCUUCGAACACUCGCAUUGAAACCGACGCUUUUGGCGAGAUUGAGGUUGCCGAUGACAAGUACUGGGGUGCGCAGACUCAGCGCUCCCUGGGCAAUUUCAAAAUCAACCAGCCCCAAGACCGCAUGCCUCCCCCGGUUGUUAAGGCUUUCGGUAUCCUCAAGGGAGCCGCUGCCGCUGUCAACGUGAAAUUCGGACUCGACCCAAAGAUUGGGGAAGCUAUCCAACAAGCUGCUGCCGAAGUUGCCUCAGGAAAGCUUCAUGACCACUUCCCUCUCGUUGUCUGGCAGACCGGUUCCGGUACCCAGUCCAACAUGAAUGCCAACGAGGUCAUUUCCAACCGCGCAAUUGAAAUUCUUGGAGGACAGAAGGGUAGCAAGAAGCCAGUCCACCCCAAUGACCAUGUUAACAUGUCUGCUUCGUCCAACGAUUCUUUCCCAACUGUUAUGCACAUUGCCGCAGUGCUUGAGCUUGAAGGUACUUUGCUGCCCUCAUUGAAGAGUCUGCGUAAUGCUCUUCAGACCAAGGUUGAAGCUUUCAGCCAUAUCAUCAAGAUCGGUCGUACUCAUUUGCAGGAUGCCACGCCCCUUACUCUUGGCCAGGAAUUCUCCGGCUAUGUUGCCCAGCUCGACAGCAACAUCAAGCGUAUCGAGAACACCCUACCGGAUCUCCGUCUCCUUGCUCAGGGUGGUACCGCUGUGGGUACCGGUUUGAACACUUUCAAGGGCUUUGAUGAGCAGGUUGCUGCUGAAAUCAGCAAGCUCGCUGGAACUGAGUUCAAGACUGCUCCCAACAAGUUCGAGGUCCUGGCUGCUCACGACGCCAUCACUGAGGCAUCAGGCUCUCUGAACACUCUCGCUACAUCCCUUUUCAAGAUUGCCCAGGACGUACGCUACCUCGGUUCUGGUCCUCGUUGCGGACUUGGGGAGCUGCGUCUUCCCGAGAACGAGCCUGGUUCCUCUAUCAUGCCUGGCAAAGUCAACCCAACCCAGUGCGAAUCUUUGACCAUGGUCUGCGCGCAAGUCAUGGGUAACCAUGUCGCCACUACCAUCUCUGGCAUGAACGGCCAAUUUGAGUUGAAUGUGUUCAAGCCUGUCAUGAUCCGAAACCUCCUUCAUAGCAUCCGCAUCUUGGCCGAUGGCAUGGCUAGCUUUGAGAAGAACCUUGUUGAAGGUUUGGAAGCCGAUGAGAAGCGUAUCGACUCUCUUCUUCACGAAAGUUUGAUGCUUGUUACAUGCUUGAACCCGAUUAUCGGAUACGACAUGGCCUCUAAAGUUGCCAAGAAUGCCCACAAGAAGGGCCUCACCUUGAAGGAGAGUGCUAUGGAGCUCAAGGCUCUUAGCGAGGAGGACUUUGACAAGUACGUACGUCCUGAAUUGAUGAUCAGCCCGAAGGAGAAGAAAUAG